CCCCAUUUACCCACAUUCACGUAACGCAUCGCACAUCGGCACAUAUGCUUCUCCAUCCUUCGUUACGCUACAAAUUCAUUAGUUAAUUACUUACUUAAUUAAUUAAUAAUAUUAUUCUACCAACCAAAAAAAAAAAUUCAAAAUCCUUGCAUGAAUGUUCAUGCUUCCAAUCCACUGUAUCUUCUUCUUCAUCAUCGAAAAAGAAAAAGAACCAAAACCAAAAGCAAGCGCCCAUAACAAUAACAUUAAUGCAACUCAACACAGAGAAAAACAAAGAGAGAGAAUAACCUAAUUCCUCUCUUCUAUCGUAAUUACGAAUCCCAUUUUUUUUCUCCUAUUUGUAAUCACCAUUUUAUCUUAUCUUCUUUGACCCCACACUAACAUUGCCUAGAUCUCACACCUAAGGGAGAAAAGAAAAUUCAAUUCAUUCUUUUGUUUUUGGAAAACACUAAUUAUCUUAAAUAUUUGUGUUUUCAUAUUCUUCCGUUAUUUCGAGUUCCUUUUUUUCUUUUUCUUUUUCUUUUUUUUUUUAAAUCCGAUCUGUGAAUACUGGUUCCUGAAAUUAGACGCUGGGAUUAGCUUUAGAGUUUUUGUGUGUUGAACUUUAAUGGAACCUCGCGUUGCGAAUAAGUUUCGGCUUGGCAGGAAGAUCGGUGCCGGUUCUUUCGGCGAGAUUUAUUUAGGUACUAAUGUUCAAACUAACGAGGAAGUUGCAAUUAAGCUUGAAAAUGUCAACACAAGACAUCCUCAGUUGCUGUAUGAGUCCAAGUUGUACAGGAUUCUCCAGGGAGGAACUGGUAUUCCUAAUAUCAAAUGGUUUGGAGUAGAGGGAGAAUACAAUGUUCUAGUGAUGGAUCUCCUUGGACCUAGUCUAGAAGAUCUAUUCAACUUCUGUAGUAGAAAGCUCUCGCUAAAGACAGUUCUCAUGCUUGCUGAUCAAAUGAUCAACCGUGUUGAGUUUAUUCAUUCUAAAUCAUUUCUACAUCGGGAUCUCAAACCAGAUAAUUUCCUCAUGGGAUUGGGAAGGCGGGCUAACCAGGUUUACUGUAUUGAUUUUGGAUUGGCAAAGAAAUACAGAGAUAGUACAACUCACCAACACAUUCCUUACAGGGAAAACAAGAAUUUGACCGGAACAGCAAGAUAUGCUAGCAUGAAUACUCACCUUGGCAUUGAGCAAAGUCGAAGAGAUGAUUUAGAAUCUCUUGGUUUUGUCUUGAUGUACUUCCUGAGAGGAAGUCUCCCUUGGCAAGGACUUAGAGCAGGAACCAAGAAACAGAAGUAUGAGAAAAUCAGUGAAAAAAAAGUCACUACCUCAAUAGAGGCCUUGUGUCGAGGUUAUCCAACAGAAUUUGCAUCAUACUUCCAUUACUGCCGCUCUUUAAGGUUUGAUGAUAGGCCAGAUUAUGCUUACCUGAAGAGAAUAUUCCGUGACCUGUUUAUUCGUGAAGGAUUUCAGUUUGAUUAUGUGUUUGACUGGACCAUCUUGAAGUAUCAGCAAUCACAACUAGCCACUCCACCAGCGCGUGCUUCUGCUCCUAAUGCUGGAACUAGUUCUGGAAUGCCUCCGCCUGUGACCAGCACUGCUGAUAGGCAGACAGGAGGGGAAGAAGGAAGACCCCCUGGCCUGGUUUCUGUGGAUUCAAGGCGAAUAAUAUCAGGGCCCAUUUUAAAUUCUGUAACUUCUUUAAAGCAGAAAAAUGCGGUCAUCCCUGAUUCUGCUGUUAGUAAGGAUGCUAUGUUAUCUAGCACCAAUAUCUUGGGCCAGUCAAGUGGAUCAAGGCGAGUUGCUGCUGGCAGCCGUGAGACUUUUGCUGGUGUCGAAUUGGAUCCUCGUACGCGAAUGGCAGAGGCUAGCCCCGGAGCAGCAAACAGAGUUUCAAGUGUGCGAAAAAGUUCACCUAUUAGGUCUUUAGACCCCAAGAAAGUAGUAUCAUCAGCUAAAGGUGCUUCCCAUGUCAAGAAUUAUGAAAGUACAGUUAAGGGUAUGGAGCGUUUGCAGUUAGAAGAUGAUGAGAGGGCCCCUUAAUUUCUCACAUUUUUCACAAUUGUGUAAAUGUAAAAUUGAGUUUAACAGGUAUAAAGCAACAGUUACUUAUGUCGGCAAGGUGAGCUGUGAAGAGGUUGUAGGUCUGAACUCAGAAAUAUGACUUUUUCACUGUUAUUUCAUCUUAUAACGAUAAAGCUGAGAUGAAAGAGUUUCAGCUAAAGCAGGGAUCGUUCUUGCUAUAAAGCUUAGGUCCUGGCACUUAUGUUCUAGUGGGAAACCCAUAAAUUUUGUAACCUUUUCCUGUAAGAUUUUUUGAUUUACCAUAUAUGCUUACAGCUUACUGUCGUGGGUCACAUGGUUCAAACUAUUAAUUACCAACCAAAACCAGUGUAAUUAGCCAUUGUACUUAAGUUUUGGAUGAGAGUUGAUGUUUCUAAAUUUUAAGGGUUCAUGGAGA